GGCCACGACCACCUCGGAAUCGCACCAUGAGAAGAUCAACACGGCUUGCUAUUGCUCGAGGCGCACAGACGCGCGCCGGAAGUAACGUUGCCAACGAGACCGCGAAGCCAGGAUCAAACAUCGAGUCGGUGAAGGGAGUCGUUCCAGCGCCACCACGCAAGCGUCAGAAGACAAAGGCGGGCAGCGUAUGUUCAGCAUCGUCGCCAGCCAGCGUAUCCCCCCUUCAUCAUCUACCUCUUGACAUGCUCUUUGAGAUCCUUGGAUAUCUUGAUCCAAUAUCCCUGCUCUACUUGUCUCGGUCCUCGCGCGACCUCAGGAAAACACUGAUGAGCCGCUCGCUGGUCUGGAUCUGGAGGACGAGCUACGCUUCGACGGACCAUGGGCUGCCACCCGCGCCAGACGACCUCAACAUACCCCAAUUUCUCAGCUUCAUGGUCGAUGAGAUCUGCGACUCUUGUAACAAGCGACCUCAAAAGGACGGCUUUGUCAGGGUGUGGUCUGCACGCCUACGGUACUGCUUCGAAUGCCGCGAGAACAGUCCAGCUAUUGUUGCGGAGAAGCGCAUGCGGCGAGACAUCAAGAUCGUUCGAGAUAUACAGCGCUACUUUGGCCAGCGCGAUUACCCCAUCCACACUCUGUUCCCUUUCUUCUUGGAUGACUAUAACAACGAAGAAAGGGCGUAUCCGCGCGCGUCGAUCGAGGAUCUGGUAAGGGACUUCGAGCGGGACACCAAGCACAAACGUAUCGAGGUCAAGAAGAAGUGGCUAUCGGAGAGGGCGGAGAAACAGGGGAGGAUUCGUGCCCACGCGGAAAUCUGCGAGAAGUGGCAGGAUGAACAGCUUGAGAAGCAAGCAGAGAGGGAUGGCAAGAUUCGGGACGAGAGGAGGAAAGAGAUCUUGGAGCGGUUGAAGGAGGUGAGGUGGUACGACGAGGCAGCGAACGCACGGCAUGCGCGCUGCUUCAAGGAGAAUGAUUUCGUCGCGAAGGCGCAGCCCCUCACAGACAAAGAAUGGAAUCAGGCGAAAGACACAUUGUUCAGCUUCCUGAGAACCCUGAAAGAGGAGCGGCUGGCCGAUGAACGGGAGAAAGCCCGCAUGGAUCGGUACCUCGCACUCAGAAAGACGUAUCUCGACUAUCGGGCACUCAAAAUGAGCGACGGGCAAUCUGUGCUUCCGGAUGUCGGCGACCUGGUCACUUUCGAGGAGGUCGUCGCGCUCGUAGAGGGCACACCGUUUGACCAGGAGGUUCCGGCGCAGGACAUGCUUGCGCUCUUUGACAAUCUCUUGCAGACGCGCUUUCCCAAGUGGAAGACAUCGUGCGACAAUACUCUGGUCGACAUACUCAACGUGGCAGACAAGAAGCGUAAGCAGCCGGCAACCGCAUCGGACCUCAAGCUCGCAGUCACGGUGUUCAGGUAUACAAAAUGGCCGAGGGGAGGACUGCUGUUGUACCCAGACGUGCUUCAGGGUAGACAUGAGGGCAUGGGGCAUCCAGGAUUGCCGGUGGCGCAGCACCCUUUUUCGGCGAACGACAUUGGUGUCAAAGUCACGAUAUUGCGGCUUGCGAAGAAGCUCGUCGAGCUGGCGGGCCUGGAUCCGCAGACUGCGACGCCGGAGGACAUGGACAAGCGCGAUGCGUGGUACAUGCGGGCGCGUGACAUUGCCUAUCGCAAGGACGGCCUGUCAGUGCAUGUGAUGUUGUGGCGAGCAGUGCUGGAGAACUACGAAAUAAUCGGGGGGAGGAAGGUGGAGGAGUAUGUUCUACUCUCUGACGCGGACACAGCACUUGCUCGAGAGAUGCCCGCUGUCGACGCAAACGAUGCCUACAGGCAUCUCGUCAUCGGGCAGCGGCGGACGCUAGGCCAGCUUGCGAGCGCAUCUGUUACGUGUCUGAGUGCCUCGAUGAAACCGCAACGCAAGUUCGACGUCAGCUACGCUCGAAAGCCACAAGAGAACGAUGGCGUCGGGAGGUCCGCGACACAGGUAGAGGAACGGGGGUUCUUGCGAGCCCGGCUGAGUGACAAGGAUGCGAUGCAGUAUACUGCCGGGGACGGCGAGCGACUUGACGAAGGACGCAGCGCGUCCCCGUUCGGUAAAGAAUGCCCAGAGCUGACAACCGUGCUCAAUGGUGCAGCUAGAUCAUAUCAGAAGCGUCCCCGCUAA